CCGUUCUCAGCAUCCACCAGAUAUUCGAUCUCAGCAAUCUCCCCUAUCAUGGCGGCCGUGAAACUGCUCGGAACUUGGCGUAGUCCAUACUGUUUCAAAGUAAUUUGGGCUCUGAAACUCAAAGGCAUACCUUACGAAUACAUCGAAGAAGAUGUCUUCGACAAGAGUCCUUUGCUUCUUCAAUAUAAUCAGAUUCAUAAGAAGGUUCCGGUGCUCGUUCAUGACGGGAAGCCGAUCUGCGAGUCCACCAUCAUCCUUCUAUAUAUCGAAGAAACUUGGCCGCAAAAUCCAUUGCUGCCCAUUGAUCCCUACGAGAGAGCCGUUGCUCUGUUUUGGAUUAAAUAUGCCGAUGAUAAGACUCAAUCAAUCCCAAAGAUUUAUCGAACCACCGGGGAAGAACAGGAGCAGGCGGUGAAGGAGUGCUCGGAAAUGUUGGAAACCGUCGAACAACAUGGGCUGAUCGAGGGCAAGAAGUUCUUCGGAGGAGACGAGAUAAACAUGGUGGACAUUGCAUUCUGCAUGGUGGCUCACUGGCUUGGAGUUCUCGAAGAAGUAGCAGGGAUUAAAAUGUUUGAACCACACAAGUUCCCUAAAUUGCACUCAUGGGCCCAAAAUUUCAAGUCAGUCCCUGUAAUCAAAGAGAACUUGCCUGAUGAUGAAAGGAUGUUUGCUUGGUUAAAACACCGGAGAGAGAUGUUGUUGGCACCGAAAUCGAACUAAGGCACUACAAAUAUUGAUUGC